UUGAGGGGAACAAUGGGGCUGUUCAGAGCCUUCGCUUCCCUCUUAGUCCUGCACCUGCUGUGGGGCUCAAACGCGUCCCUAGUGCAGCUGAAUGGCAAUGGCUAUGAAGACAUCAUCAUUGCUAUAGAUCCUGAUGUGCCAGAAGAUGGACAAAUAAUUGAACGCAUAAAGGACAUGGUGACCACAGCAUCUACUUACCUCUUUGAUGCCACAGAAAAAAGAUUUUUUUUCAAAACUGUGUCCAUAUUGAUUCCUGAGACUUGGAAAGCAUAUUCUGAAUACAGGAGGCCAAAACAUGAGACCUACAAACACGCUGAUGUGAUAGUGGCACCACCGACCCUCCCCAACAGAGAUGAACCUUAUACAAGACAGUUCACAGAAUGUGGGAAAAAAGCAGAAUACAUUCAUUUCACCCCUGACUUUGUACUGGGAAAAAAAGAAAAUGAAUAUGGACCAUCAGGGAGACUGCUCGUCCAUGAGUGGGCCCAUCUCCGCUGGGGAGUGUUUGAUGAGUACAAUGAAGAUCAGCCUUACUACAGCGCCAAGUCAAAGAAAAUUGAAGCCACAAGGUGUUCUGCAAGUAUCUCUGGGAAAAACCGCGUCUAUAAGUGUCAAGGAGGUAGCUGUUCAACUAGAAAUUGCAGAACAAAUUCUACCACAAAGUUGUAUGAAAAAGAUUGUCAGUUCUUUCCGGAUAAAGUUCAAACAGAAAAGGCUUCCAUAAUGUUUAUGCAGAGUAUUGAUUCUGUUGUUGAAUUCUGCAAUGAAAAAAACCAUAACCAAGAAGCUCCAAGUCUACAAAAUCUAAAGUGCAAUUACAGAAGUACCUGGGAGGUCAUCAGAAAGUCUGAAGACUUUAACAGCACCACACCUAUGGAGACACCACCUCCUCCACCUACCUUCUCACUGCUGCGGAUCAGAGACAGGAUUGUGUGCCUCGUUCUCGAUAAGUCAGGAAGCAUGAGUGCUGGUAGCCGCCUCAUUCGAAUGAAUCAAGCAGCAAAACUGUUCUUGAUGCAGACUGUGGAAAAUGGAUCCUGGGUAGGAAUGGUUCACUUUGACAGUAGUGCAAGCAUUAAAAGUGAGUUAAUACAAGUAAGAAGCAACAGCGAAAGAGACACCCUGGUGAAGAGCUUGCCUACACAAGCUAACGGAGGAACUUCUAUCUGCCGUGGGAUUGAAAAAGCAUUUGAGGUGAUUAGAAAGGUAGACCCCCAAUUGGAUGGGUCUGAAGUAGGGCUGCUGACUGAUGGGGAAGACAACACAGUAAAGAACUGUGUUAAUGAAGUGAUAAAAAGCGGUGUCAUCAUUCAUUUUGUCGCUCUGGGACCAUCUGCAGAUCCAGCAGUCACACAGAUGAGGAACCAAACAGGAGGAAAGGAGGAAUUGGCUUCAGAUAAGGCUGAGAACAAUGGACUCAUUGAUGCUUUUGCUGCCCUCACAUCAGAAAAUGUGGGUCUCAGCCAGAAGUCCAUUCAGCUUGAAAGUAAGGGACUAAAUCUGAACACUAGUGCCUGGAUGAACGACACUGUGACAGUUGACAGCACUGUGGGAAAGGACACUUUCUUUCUUGUCACCUGGACCAAACAGCCUCCCAGCAUUUCUCUCUGGGAUCCUAAUGGAACACUCACAGCAAAUUUCACUCAGGACACUGAUUCGCGAAUGGCCUAUCUCAGCAUACCAGGAGAUGCACAGGUGGGCACAUGGAUUUACAAUCUUCAAGCCAAAGCAGACUCAGAAACACUCACUAUUACAGUGACUUCUCGGGCAGCAAAUUCUGCCGUGCCUCCAAUCACAGUGAGUGCUAAAAUGAAUAAAGACACAAACAGCUUUCCCAGCCCCAUGAUUGUUUAUGCUGAAGUUCAGCAAGGGUAUGUGCCCAUUCUUGGAGCCAGUGUGACUGCUGUCAUCGAAUCAAGCAAUGGACACACAACAGUUUUGGAUCUGCUGGACAAUGGUUCAGGUGCUGAUGCUUUCAAAGAUGAUGGGGUCUACUCCAGGUACUUUACAGGUUAUUCAGAAAAUGGCAGAUACAGCUUGAAAGUGCGAGCUCACGCGGCAACAAGCUCUACCAGGAGAAGCUUAAAGCAUGCGCUGAGCAGAGCUGCAUAUAUACCAGGCUGGGUAGUGAAUGGGGAGAUCGAAGGAAACCCACCAAGACCUGAAGCUGAUGAGAAUACUGAGAUAAUUCUGGAGAAUUUCAGCAGAACAGCAUCUGGAGGUGCAUUUGUGGUAUCAGGGUAUCCAAAUACUCCAGUCACUGACCCAUACCCACCCAGUCAAAUCACAGACCUGGCUGCCACACCUGAAGGAGAAGAGGUCACUCUAACAUGGACAGCACCAGGAGAGGAUUUUGAUGUUGGAAAAGCAUCACAGCCUGGGAGUUGCAACCAUAUUACUAAGAAAGUUCAGUUAGGAGAGAAUGCAGGUUGAGAAGACCUGGUUCACACGACAGCGCUCUUGGGUUCCUGAAAAGCAGAAGAAAAGCAUAGGAUCCUGCCUGGGAAGACAGAGUCUGGGUGCCUGCAAUAAAACCUCUGUCUUGAGGACAUGGGCAAGAUUUCUACACUGUGUCCUCUUAACUGAGCUUUUGAAGGCUAUUUUGCUAUUCUAUUUUCAGUCUUUUUUUUUUUUUUCAUUUUAAUGUGUCCUGGCUCCUUUUAUUUCAGGACGGUGCAUUCUUGAUUUCCUAUCUGAACUCCUAAACUGACCCCACCCCCUCUUCUUUUUAAAACUCAUUACGUGAUUUUUCAAUCAACCAAUUUUGCCUUGAUAUGGAGUGAUCAAAUCACUGGGUCCUGGGUAAAGAUAUUCAUUUUAGAUCCUGAUUCUGAUAUUGGCUAUCUCUGUGAUUUUGGGAAAUUUUAAACUUUGUGCACCUCUGUUUCUCCAUACCCUAACUGAAAAAAGCAUACACACCAAAGACAGAGUUCUACUAAAAUAUUAAAUAUUCUAUGCUCAGGAAAACACAGAUGAAAUGUUAACUACUAAUAUUAUUUACACUGCAUCAAUAAUAACUGGCAAAGUACUAGAUAUUUUUAACAUGUUUGGAGAAAAAUAAAUUCUAUUCCUUCUUUACUGUACAGUAA